CUGCUGCUGGCGUUAGUUCCGGUUGCAGAGGAGACAGCGCUGCAGUUGCCGCCACCUCGGGGAUUUCUGGCUCUUUCCUCUUCGCCUUAAAUUCGGGUGUCUUUUAUGAAUAAUCAAAAGCAGCAAAAACCAACGCUAUCAGGCCAGCGUUUUAAAACCAGAAAAAGAGAUGAAAAAGAGAGGUUUGACCCUACUCAGUUUCAAGACUGUAUUACUCAAGGCUUAACUGAAACUGGUACUGAUUUGGAAGCAGUAGCUAAGUUUCUUGAUGCUUCUGGAGCAAAACUUGACUACCACCGCUAUGCAGAAACACUCUUUGACAUUCUGGUGGCUGGUGGAAUGCUGGCCCCAGGUGGUACACUGGCAGAUGACAUGAUGCGCACAGAUGUCUGCGUGUUUGCAGCACAAGAAGACUUAGAGACCAUGCAAGCAUUUGCUCAGGUUUUUAACAAGUUAAUCAGGCGCUACAAAUACCUGGAGAAAGGGUUUGAAGAUGAAGUCAAAAAGUUGCUGCUCUUCUUAAAGGGUUUUUCAGAGUCAGAGAGGAACAAACUGGCUAUGCUUACUGGGGUUCUUUUGGCUAAUGGAACACUGAAUGCAUCCAUUCUAAAUAGCCUUUAUAAUGGGAAUUUGGUGAAAGAAGGAGUUUCAGCAGCUUUUGCUGUAAAGCUCUUGAAAUCAUGGAUAAAUGAAAAAGACAUCAAUGCAGUAGCUGAAAGUCUUCGGAAAGUCAGCAUGGAUAACAGACUGAUGGAACGUUUUCCUGCCAGUAAGCAAAGCGUUGAACACUUCACUAAGUAUUUCACAGAGGCAGGCUUGAAAGAACUUUCAGAGUAUGUGCGGAAUCAGCAGACCAUAGGAGCAUGGAAGGAGCUCCAGAAAGAACUUCAAGAACAGAUGUCACGUGGUGAUCCAUUUAAGGAUAUAAUUUUAUAUGUGAAGGAGGAAAUGAAGAAAAACAAUAUCCCAGAACCAGUUGUCAUUGGCAUAGUCUGGUCUAGUGUAAUGAGCACUGUGGAAUGGAACAAAAAAGAGGAGCUUGUAGCAGAGCAAGCCAUUAAGCACUUGAAGCAAUACAGCCCUCUACUUGCUGCCUUUACUACUCAAGGUCAGUCUGAGCUGACUCUGUUACUGAAGAUUCAGGAGUAUUGCUAUGACAACAUCCAUUUCAUGAAAGCCUUCCAGAAAAUAGUGGUGCUUUUUUAUAAAGCGGAAGUCUUGAGUGAAGAACCCAUUCUGAAGUGGUAUAAAGAUGCACAAGUUGCAAAGGGGAAAAGUGUCUUCCUUGAGCAAAUGAAAAAGUUCGUAGAAUGGCUCAAAAAUGAUGAAGAAGAAUCUGAGUCAGAAGCAGAAGAAGGUGACUGAGUUUUGGAGCCACGUCCUCAGUACAGCAAAUGGGGUUGUAGAUAAAAUGUCAUGUCUCACGUGUCCUGGCCCUUACAUCUUCCUACCUCCCUAUAUCAAGCAUGAUAUAAGGGCUUUCAUGGCAAAUUUUAUUUUAACUGUUUCUAUGGUUACUGGAAAUGUUGGGUUUAGUUUCUAAAACCAUGUUUUAAGUAGCUACAAGAGAUUUGAAUCUAAUGUUGCAUUAGUUUUUUCAGUUAUCUUCUACCUCCUGUAUUUUCUACUGUAAUAAUGUAAUUUAAGGCCUUCCUCAAUCCCUGGGUUUUCUAUAUAUAAACAGUUUUCAAGAUAUGAUUUGGUUAAAAAUUAUUUGUUAUAAAAGUUCUGUUUGCAAAUUAAACUGUAAAAGUAUCCAGUCUCAAAAGGCAAUGAUUUGUGUGAUAAUUGCUAUGUCCAGAGCCCUAUUCAUCAAUGAAAAUCUUACAUAAUGAGUUCAUAACAUGAAUCCUGAGGAUUUGGAACAUUUGCCUAUGUGUUGACAUUAUCUUGCAUUUUGAAUCCCAGAUGUAUGCUCACUGUCCUGGAGAACAAAGGAGGCAGAGGAA